UAGCUGCACACCAAGCUAUUUGAUGUUACACAUGACCUUUGUCUUUGUCCCCUCAAUUAUUCUUCCUCAUAAAGCCAAAUGAAGACUUCAUCAGAUCAUUCUUCUUCAGGCGGCUAGAAAUUAAACCACCAAAGACCCUACCUUAUCAUGACCACUGCCACCACCAAUUCCACCGUACCCUUAUCUUCUCCGGCGGCCGAUUCUAGAAGCUCCGACAUGCCUCUUCUCACCGCCAUCGUUGCUUUAGUAACACUUAUUGCCAUACCCACCUUGAUCUAUGCUUUCUUUUUCGCUAUAAAGUGCCCUCCUAACCCUUUCGAGAGACUUGGCCGGCGGUCCGGCGGGAACGCCGGAGAGUUGACCCCGAGGGGUUCACAUAUGAAUAAAACGGAUUGGGCUUCGGUGGUGAAGUAUAUAAAGGAGGAUCACGGAAAAGAGAACGGCGGCGAAUGUCCGGUGUGUUUGUCGGCGUUUGUUGAAGGAGAAGAGAUUAGGCAGCUGAACGCUUGUAAACACUCUUUUCACUUUGCUUGCAUUGAUAUGUGGCUCUACUCUCACUCCAGUUGUCCGGUUUGCCGAGCUUCCAUCGCCGUCAAGCGUUCAAAACCGCCGGCCAUGGUCGGGGAGGAAGAUUUCCGGCAAGGAUUGCCGGAUUCUGAUAGGUUGGUUUGAUUGUUAAUGCAUGUUCCAACGUUUCCUUCUUAUUUAGGUUCAAAAUGUUGAGUCAUUAGCCCUUGUGUGUUUUAUGGAACAUUAGCGGCUCAGAAUGUAUGAAGAAAGCAAAGUAAAGUUCAUCGAGCAUAAUUGAGUACAUCUGGAGUUUAUACAUUGUACAAGUGUUAGCAUAAUACUUAGUUUUAAUAUAAUUAGAUUAACAAAACAAAAUCAAG